AUGCAUCGCACAUACUCUAUGCGCCAGUCGCGCGCUCCCACUGCAUCGCAGCUCCAGAAAGCUAAUCAUGGCCUCCAACAGACUCCUCCUCCUCCCCCUUCCUCCACUAAAUCAGGACGUUUCUUCGGCAAGAGUAGCCUCGGCCAUGCUCUCCGCCGCAAUGCCGGUGGCGCUUUCGGCCCCGAUCUGGCCAAGAAACUCUCCCAGCUCGUAAAGAUGGAAAAGAACGUCAUGCGCAGCCUCGAGACUGUUGCCAAGGAGCGCAUGGAUGUCGCUCAACAACUCUCCGUCUGGGGCGAGGGUGCCGACGAGGACGUCUCCGAUGUCACCGACAAGCUUGGUGUUCUCCUUUACGAGAUUGGCGAGCUCGAGGACCAGUACGUCGACCGCUAUGACCAGUACCGCAUCACCAUGAAGAGCAUCCGCAAUAUCGAAGCCUCUGUGCAGCCCAGCCGCGACCGCAAGCAGAAGAUUACCGACCAGAUUGCCCAACUCAAGUACAAGGAGCCCAACUCCCCCCGGAUUGUUGUCCUCGAGCAGGAGCUUGUCCGUGCCGAGGCUGAAUCCCUCGUCGCCGAGGCCCAGCUCUCCAACAUUACCCGCGAAAAGGUCAAGGCUGCCUACACUUACCAGUUUGAUGCCCUCCGCGAGCACUGUGAGAAGGUUGCCAUCAUUGCUGGCUACGGCAAGCACCUCCUCGAGCUCAUCGACGACACUCCUGUCACCCCUGGCGAGACUCGCGCCGCCUAUGACGGCUACGAGGCUAGCAAGGCCAUCAUCCAGGACUGCGAGGAUGCUCUUACCAGCUGGGUCAGCUCCAACGCUGCAGUCUCUUCCAAGCUCUCCACCCGCUCUCGCGGCCUGUCUCAGCGUCGCCGCAACAACCUCCGCAACCGCGGCGAGGGUCACGAUCUUUCCAAGCAGGAUGCUCCCCUCGACAACGGCUCCUGGCGCGAGGAAUCCGAGGAAGAGGAGGAAGAUGAACUCGACUCCGACGCUGGCCUGAACAGUGAGCACCGCGGCCGCGCCCAGGAGGUCGUUGCCUAG